AGAGGAGCCCGCGAGAUGGCGAUGGCGAGCUUGGCGAGGAGGCGCGCGGCGGAGGCGGCGCUGCUGCGGCGGGCGCCGGCGGCGGCGUGGGCGUCCGCGUGGAGGGGGUACGCGGCGGCGGCGGCGGGGGAGGAGAGCGACGUCGUGGUGAUCGGCGGCGGGCCGGGCGGGUACGUGGCCGCCAUCAAGGCGGCGCAGCUAGGGCUCAAGACCACCUGCAUCGAGAAGAGGGGAACGCUCGGGGGCACCUGCCUCAACGUCGGCUGCAUCCCCUCCAAGGCUCUCCUGCAUUCGUCGCAUAUGUACCAUGAGGCCAAGGCUUCUUUUGCACACCAUGGUAUCAAAUUCUCAAAUCUUGAAAUAGAUUUGCCUGCCAUGAUGUCACAGAAAGACAAAGCAGUUGCUGGGCUGACUAAAGGGAUUGAAGGCCUGUUCAAGAAGAACAAGGUUGAGUAUGUCAAAGGAUUUGGAAAGUUUGUGUCCCCUUCAGAGGUAUCUGUUGACUUGCUCGAUGGUGGUAGCACUACUGUUAAAGGGAAGAACAUAAUCAUUGCCACUGGCUCAGAUGUGAAAUCACUCCCUGGAGUUACAAUAGAUGAGAAGAAGAUCGUGUCAUCUACUGGUGCUCUUGCUCUUUCAGAAAUACCAAAGAAGUUGGUGGUUAUUGGAGCUGGAUACAUUGGUUUAGAGAUGGGUUCUGUCUGGAACAGGCUAGGGUCUGAGGUCACUGUCGUUGAAUUCGCUUCUGACAUUGUCCCGUCAAUGGAUGGAGAGAUUAGGAAGCAGUUCCAGCGUAUGCUGGAGAAGCAGAAAAUGAAGUUCAUGCUUAAGACAAAAGUUGUUGGGGUUGAUACCUCUGGGAGUGGUGUCAAGUUAACUGUGGAGCCUGCAGCUGGUGGAGAGCAGAGUGUUCUUGAGUGUGAUAUUGUUCUUGUAUCUGCUGGCAGAGUACCAUACACCUCUGGUCUUGGAUUGAACGCCCUUGGUGUUGAGACUGACAAGGGUGGAAGAAUCCUUGUCGACAAGCGCUUUAUGACAAAUGUUAAGGGUGUUUAUGCGAUUGGAGAUGCGAUCCCUGGACCCAUGCUUGCACAUAAAGCUGAAGAAGAUGGUGUUGCCUGUGUUGAAUUCAUCGCAGGUAAAGAAGGUCACGUAGAUUAUGACACUGUACCUGGAGUGGUGUACACACACCCAGAGGUGGCUUCUGUUGGGAAGACGGAAGAACAGGUCAAGGCAUCAGGAGUGGCCUACCAGGUUGGGAAGUUCCCCCUGUUGGCCAACAGCCGUGCAAAGGCAAUUGAUGAUGCUGAAGGGUUGGUCAAGGUAGUGGCUGAGAAGGAGACCGAUAGAAUCCUCGGUGUACAUAUAAUGGCCCCUAAUGCAGGUGAGAUAAUCCAUGAGGCGGUGCUUGCACUUCAGUAUGGAGCAUCUAGUGAGGAUAUUGCACGGACAUGCCAUGCGCAUCCAACAGUGAGCGAAGCCCUGAAGGAGGCUUGCCUACAGACCUACCUGAAGGCGAUUCACAUUUAAAUCAUGAUACAGUUUCAACUGCCAUCUAAAAAUAUUCCCCAAAGUUUUGAAAUAAUAUGGAACGAUGUGGUUAAAACAUCUAGUUUGUUUACCAUUUCCUCAGCGGAACUGUGAAUUCGCACCUUCACUUCUUAUUGUAGUUAUAUUCUUUUUCCUUGCUAGCUGGCGCGUCUGUUCCUACUCCUUAAUAAUAUGGUAAAAACUUAAUGCUGAAUAUGUUUCUUUUUUCUGUUGAUACCUGAGACAAGAAUACCACAGAGGCUGGCUCCCCUAGAUCAGAUGGCGCCCUUCAUCUCUGGAAUUUUUUGCUUAAUCCCAAUUCUGAUAGUCUAUUUUCAGUAUCUUUGUUGGGACAUAAAAGAUGUAUAAUUGUGUGCAUGUCACAAAUCUUUCCAUGAUUCAUUAUUGCUCAAAUUAUUAAAUUCUACUGUAA